GAGGCACCUGCAAGUACGAAGUGCAGGUGCACACACGUCCGCCGUACACAGCCACGGACAUGACAGAAUUAGUGUGUACAAACACACAUGACAUGCAUGACAUACAUGAGGGGCGGAGGCGAUUGGCAUGUUUAAUCUUUACUACUUGAGUACUACUACUAGUGCUAGGCGGCAGUGUAUCGUUCUUUAUAACCAUUGUCUUAGAUUGAGAAGGUUCACAAUGGCAACAAAACAAGAUGACAAUGUCCUGGUUCCCCUCUCGGAGGCGGAGUCUUUUGUGGAGCGCUGCAUGGUGGCUGUGGGGGCCAAGCCCAGCCACGCCAAGGACCUGGCUACGUUGCUGGUGUGCGCUGACUACAGGGGGCACUUCAGUCAUGGCAUGAACAGACUCUCGAUGUAUGUGGAGGACAUCAGGAGUGGGACCAAUGCCAAGGACGGGGAACCGGUGAUACUCAAGGAGAUGGGCGGCACGGCCUGGGUGGACGGGAAGAAUGUGCUGGGACCGGUGGUUGGUCGAUUCUGCACCGAUCUGGCCAUCAAGAAAGCUAAAGAGGCUGGGAUUGGCAUGGUGGUCGCCAAGGGUUCCAACCAUUUUGGAAUUGCUGGCUGGUACACCAUGCGUUGUGCAGAAGCAGGCAUGCUGGGCAUGUCCUUCACAAACACUUCACCCCUCGUUGUGCCUACUAGAGCGAAAAAGCCUGUUUUGGGAACGAAUCCUUUGUCUUUAGCAGCACCAGCAGAAAAAGGGGACAGUUUUGUUCUCGACAUGGCGACAUCCACAGUGGCCCUUGGAAAGAUUGAGCUGAAUAAUAUGAAAGAAAUACCCAUACCCAGUGGCUGGGGAACUGAUUCAAAUGGCCAGUUGACACAAAAUCCAUCAGAGGUACUGCAAGGUGGGGGUUUGAUGGCGCUCGGUGGCCCAGAAGUCUUAGGAGGUUACAAGGGCUAUGGUCUGAGCAUGGGAGUGGAGAUACUGUGUGGAAUCCUUGCUGGCUCAGCGUUUGGACCGUUCGUCAGGCAUUGGACCAAGAAAGAGGAGGAAGCUAAUUUAGGCCAGUGUUUCAUCGCUAUCAACCCAGAAGCCUUUGCUCCUGGUUUCCCAGGCCGCAUGUCAACGUUGAUGAAGGAAUGCAGAACCGCCGAACCAGCAGAAGGUGAGACAGAGGUGCUCGUAGCCGGAGACCCAGAGAGGCAGCACAUGAAAAAAGUAGAUGAGGAAGGUGGAGUCACUUACCACCGCAAUCUUAUUCAGUUGAUGGACAAGUUGGCAAAGGAUCUAACAAUUGAGCCCAUGAAACCCAAGGCGUAAUCUGAGAGAAACCCCUGCCUCCUCAACAUAAUGGGGACCAUUAAUUGGAUGUAUGUGUGAGAUGCGUAUGCGGCUUGGAAAAACUGGCUUGUUACAUGUACAUGUAUAUCACCAUUUUGUGUGGUUUCACCAACCCCCACGCAUGAGAAUCUUCCAGUUUAACCCUAACCGAACUCAACCCAUCAAAGUUCAACAGCAGGUUUUGUUUAAAUCUGUUGAGAUGCGUAGGCCCUACAGUACCCCUAAACUGAUGGUCUUUUACACUGAGGUUGGCAUACCAACAGUGUGUGUGUACAAUUUCCCAUGUGGGUGUUGAUAUUUGCCAGAAUGGGUAUGGUUCUUAGUAAAUUAGGCUGGGGACCGGAGUUAGGGUUAAACAGGAAUUUCUGGGGUUUUGUUGCCCUAAUUUCUGUUUCUGUUUUUUAAAUUUUGAGCCUGUUUUGGGGCUUUUUUUCUUUAUUUCACAUCUUUUUUUUUCUGUUUUUGCACAAGUUUCCUGUGUUUUUUUUCAUUGAAAUUCAUUUUCAUGCCUGAAACCCACAUAUUCCUUCGUAACAUUUCGAUGUGAAAUUCACAUUGGCCAUGGCGUAACAGAUGAAAUAACCAUCCAAAAUGGUGAUGUACUUAGAUAUUUUUUUUUUCUGAGCUGCAUACGUAUCCCGUACCCGCACCAUUUACAACGGUCCCUACAGCUGUUGUGUCCAGUGCUGGUCCGCAGAGCUUUAAAGCCAUGUAGGCCUAAACGCUCUCUUUGAUUUGUUAAGACUGCCACACACACCUUUCCGAUUUUGCCGGCUCACCAGAUCAUUGGCAUAUCGCACAGAGGUGUGCGCUGAAAAUUUGGACCGAUCUGACCGUAUACCAGGCGACCGGAUGAAAUCAAACAUGUUGAUGUUUUUUUGCAUCCGAAUUCACCGGAUACGAUUUCACCCGCCGCAGCAAUAUGUUAACCAAUCAGAUUCACAAAGAAAGUCACAUGGUUGUCAUCAUGUGACUGGUCGUCAUCUGACCGAUCACCAUGUAACCGAUUAAAGGAAGGAAUCAGGCAUGUAAGCGGAUAACAUUGCUGUCUUAAUGCAGCGGUGAAAAAAAAAAUAUCAGGUGAUGGGUUGAUCCGGGAAACUGGUAAAAUCGAGAAGGUGUGCACCAGGCUUAUUAAUCGGUAAGCAGCCAUUGAUUGAAGUGCAAUUUAAGCAUUGUGACUGGCCCCCAGAAAAACAGGCUAAAUGUGACUAACGAAUAAGCCAGUUCGGUAUGUCAACUCCACAUACGCACGUUGAUGUGGUUCAAUCACGGGCCGGUGUUGUACGAAAAACCAACUCGUAUGAAAAUCGGACAUGUUUAAGCAAAUUUGCUGUCAUUUGAUUGUUUUUUUAAAUUUAUAAUGAAUCGUGGAUUUUAAUCAUUUAAAAAAGAAAUGUGGGUUUUUAAAAAGUUGGAGAUUCUUCACUUUUAGAUGUACAAUGUAAAUGUAAUAGUAGUUUUCUUUUUGAGUUAAUAACAAACUAAACUGGUGUUCAAGGUACUACAGUACUAUAUAUUAGAUUUAUAUAAAUCAUUGAUCUAUGCAAUCAGUAUUCAUUUACAUCAGUGUUCAUAUCUGUAUUAUUUUAGUGACCUAGAAAUGAACGUUUUGUUUUACCAUGGUAUACAUGAUGGCGAACCAUACAUGAUACAGCAGAAUUAGUUAGAAAUAAAAUGUUCUCUAGGCCUAUGUCUUACUAUAAUAAGUAGAACUGCAAGUUGCUGCGGUUUUGGGUCUUUUAAAGGCAUAUCGAGUGCACAACUAUCUCAUUGAAUUUUGGCUGUUCUGUUUCACAACUUUCCUCUUUAAUGUAGGUAUUUAAUAUGGCUUUUAUAUCAGAACACUGGUGUUGGGGGGGGGGGGCACUUUUCCAAGAUACACGAGUAUAGUGUUAUCAUGUGAGAAAAUUUAUCUUGCCUGAAAAUGAUUAUUUUUUUGAGAUGCAUUUUGAUUUUAUGUUUCGAUUAAAUAAAAAAUAGCAACUAUUUUAUUGGCAUAGUGUAUGCCGAUUUAAAAAAAAAAAACCAGCUAAAUUGUAUCAUAUUCUACAGUACAGUCAGAUUUGUAUUUGUUUUGACAGCUGCAGUAAUUAACAGUUUGAUUUGUUUGUUUGAAUCUAUAAAUUCUUGAUAAAAAUAGUUUGGAUUUGCAUGGAAAAACCAUCAAAUCUAUUAAAAAAAAAAAAAUGCUGACAUUUUUCAUCAUACAUUCCUCUGAUUACAUUGUCAGUGCAUUUAUUUAUGUGGAACAUUUCAAUGACUAAUGCAGUCGAACCCUGAUAAGAAUAAGAGCGCUGUUAAUACAAUAUCCUGCUUCUAACAAGCAA